AAUGAAAAUUCUGUCAUCAUUUAUUCACUCUCAUCUUCUGCAGAAAAUAUUCCGAAGAAUGUUGGCAUUCAAACAACAUUGAUUAUCAUUUUUUGCUGCACAAAAUAAAGUGGAUGACAGAAUUUUCAUUGCCGGCUGAAUUUUGCUUUUGUACGGUUUGAAUAAAGAAAAUGUCCACAGAAAAAAAAAAGACAAAAAAUAAUAACUACUAAUGUUACUCAUGUAUGUGUCCCCUGCCAUGAGACAUAAGACGUUGUCGUUGAUCUCACUGUGCAGUUGCAUCACAGACGUUAUGCUGAAUUAUUCUGAAUUGAGAUAAUGCAUUAGUGUGCCGCACGCGCUUGGAGAGAGGCAGGAACUGUGGGAGGGGACAUGUGUAUCACGCGUUCGCUCAUGCUGCUGUGUUUCGCCUACCAAUUUCACCUCAUCGUGCACAUUGUUCCUGCGAUCUGAACGAGCGCACUGACACUUCGAUCCUCCCGCAUCCCUUCCACACACCUUCAUCUCAUGUGGAUCUGCCCGCGUUCAGAGGGAACUGGAGAGCUGGCCAGAAUAAACAACCGUAGCUUUGCGCGACUCAUUAUUUAAUUCGUCUGACUUUUUGAGACGUGAUUUAAACCGAAACGGUUUGAAGACCUACAAGUCGUCGUCAUAUUGUCUGUUUAUGCGCUUGGAGACAAUGUUUUAAAGGAAACAUUGGCGCGCGCGCUUCUCUUUAAAUGAGCUCAGAUUGGAGAGCCACUGGGAAGCCUAGCAAGGAACUAACUUGAACUACGAAAUUGGAGAGCUCCAGCUACUGUGUUGGAUCGGUGACGACGUCUACGGCUUCCGGGCCAUGAGUAGCUUUAAGGGCCAGGAUGUUGAAAAACAGGGCAUCAAGCUGCCAAAAAAAUGGAUUGAUUCCAAUGAUAAAAUCCCCACAGACCGUACAAUGGUUGUUGGGGGAAGUGUGGGAGGAGGAGACGCUUCUGAUCCUUCAGGAUGUCCGCUGAAGAAACGGCGCCAACGCUACGUGGAAAAGGACGGCAAGUGCAAUGUCCAUCAUGGAAACGUGCGCGAAACAUACCGUUACCUGACAGACAUCUUCACCACGCUAGUGGACUUAAAGUGGCGCUUCAAUCUGCUGGUCUUCACGCUGGUCUACACCACCACCUGGGUGUUUUUUGGCCUCAUUUGGUGGCUCAUCGCCUACAUCCGUGGAGAUCUGGACCAUACUGAUGACGCCAAGUGGACACCUUGUGUGAAUAACCUUAAUGGCUUCGUCUCUGCGUUCCUUUUUUCCAUCGAGACCGAGACCACCAUCGGUUAUGGGUACCGUGUCAUAACGGACAAAUGCCCCGAGGGAAUCAUCCUGCUUCUGGUGCAGGCCAUCUUGGGCUCCAUCGUCAAUGCCUUCAUGGUGGGUUGCAUGUUUGUGAAAAUCUCACAGCCAAAGAAACGCGCCGAAACUCUCAUGUUUUCCAACACAGCUGUGAUAUCCGUGCGGGACAGCAAACUGUGUUUGAUGUUCCGUGUCGGUGACUUGCGAAACUCGCACAUAGUGGAGGCCUCCAUUAGGGCCAAGCUCAUCCGCUCUAAACAGACCAAGGAAGGAGAGUUCAUUCCCCUAAACCAGACGGACAUUAAUGUGGGCUUUGAUACGGGGGACGAUCGACUGUUUCUGGUGUCACCGCUGAUCAUUUGCCAUGAGAUCAACAAGAACAGCCCCUUCUGGGACAUCUCUCAGGAGCAACUGUCACGAGAAGAGUUUGAAAUAGUGGUCAUCCUGGAAGGAAUGGUAGAGGCCACAGGUAAAUCGGAGCUCCUUGGAUGAAUCAGGAGUAUUUAAAUGGGUGUUGCCUGAAAGUCAAACAUGAAAAGUGACCAGAUUUACCACAGUUCCCCUGGUAACAGAAUGCUGACAGCAGGGCGUGAUAUGGUAUUUUCAUGGGAUUCGCUAAUUAUAUUGACAGUGUAUUCAUGUGACAGCAGUUGCAAUUACACUAUGCUAAUUAGCUUUUGCAUUGUGUUCUGUGUCAGUAUAGACAGAUAUUGCUGCCUGCAUGGAGCAGGAAGAUGGAGGACUCUUGAGAUGUUUCUCAGUAAGACAAGCUCAUGGCCUGUCGAUAGAUCCGCCUCAGGGAAAUUAGUGAGCAGAAGACAAUUGAAAGAACUAUAAUGCAAUUCACUCUCACGCAUACAUAAAUACACACACGGCUCACAAACACACUCUCUCCUACAUCUAAAAUAAUGAAUCAUUGCUCAGGAGUGGGAUGCAGUGAGUAGUUUCAGUCCACAAUCAUCACACUUGUUCAGAGCAGUUAAACUUUUUUUUGUCUCACAUCUGACAUUCAAGAGCAUCCCACUUUCAGUCGAUGUAGGUUUAACCUAUCUAUUAUUAGACAAAAAGCAGGAUAACAGUAAAAGAAUCAGUAUCAGAAAUAAUACCAAACUAUUCAGGUCAGGACUGUACCUCAAGGCCUAAUGAAAUUGGAAAAUUAUAGAGAAUAAUUAUUGAUUUCUUUUUCAUGUCUGACAGUGACAAGUAAUGAAAUAAUGGAGGUUUAAGAUUGGCCAAUAAGGGUAAUGACAUCAGGGAGACACAGAACUUGGUCCAAGUCUAAUAACAAUUAUAAUUGUUCUCAUAACAAAUGUAAUUUAAGCCUGAACCUGAGCAACAACUCAGACUUAAAGGGAUACUUCAUCCAAAAAUCUGUCAUUUACUCACCCUCAUGUUCUUGACUUACUUUCUUCUGUGGAAUGCAAAAGAAGAUAUCUUGAAGAAUUUAACUGUUCUUGUCCAUAUAAUGAAUGUCAAUGGGGUCCAAAACAACAUAUAUGGAUUGUAUGAUUCAUUGUCUGGACAAAACAGCACUGAGACACUGACACACAAAUCUCUUAUUUUGUAUCCCAUACAAGGAAGAAUGUCAUACAGGUUUGGAACAUGUUGCUGCUUACCACAGAGAAAAAAAUAAUUAAAAUAAUGCAUUAACAAUUGAGGUCUAUGGGACACGACAUAGAGUGCUGCAGGGAUGAUGUAUUUUUGUAGGCCAAAACCCGGAAGUAUUUUGGCAGUUUCCAUCGUCCUGAAGUAAGUGUGUUUUUGGUUAAAUGCCUGAAAUAAGGUCUGUGGAAAACACAAGCUCAAGAUAUUUUCAUUUUUUAUUCUGUGACAUAAAAUACAUCAGUAAUACCCCCUUGUGAUUUUUUUAAAGCUUUUACUUGCUAACCAGUGGCAAAAUGGGACUAAAGAGGUUGUCGGGGACAUUAAACGUCAUCACACUGAACAAGAAUACUCAUCUACUCACUAGUCCACUUUCAGAGCCUUAUUGCGUUUUGAAUCAUGCUCUCGCAAACUAUUCUAACUCAAAUGUUCAGGGAAAACAUUUUUUAAAUAAAGACUUGUCCGACACUAGUGACAUUGAAGUCAUGCAACUGUGGUGUAGUUUGUUUUGCUUUUAACUACUGCCGAUUGUAUUUAGUAUUCAAAAUUCAUAAAAGUUGUGUUCAAUUGUGAGGAUUAACAUGUAGAUAAAACAUGUAAGAAUCAUACAUUUUUGUUAGUAACUGCUUUUUUAAUGUUUUAUUUUUUAAAAUAAUCCUAUUGGGUUUUUGUCGAGGCAACCAGGGUAAUGCAAACUUCCAGGUUGCGCUACAAAAAUAUGUCAUCACAGCAGCUCUCUGUUGCACUGGUAUAAAUGCUAAAAUACACACAAAAGCCACAAAACUUAAACAUUAUAUGUAUUAAUUGUAAUAAAAGUGCUUACUAAUCUUAUCUGUGCAAAGUUAUUUCCAAUUUAUGCCUGUCUGUAAUGUGUAUGUUCAGUUUUUGUGUGUGUGUGUGUGUGUGCGCGUGUGUGUGUGUGUGUGUGUGUGUGUGUGUGCGUGUUCAGUUUUGGUUUUAUUUUGGUUUCAGUUCUGUUCCUGUUUUUCCUGCCUUAGUUCAGUUCCCACACCUGUUCCGUUUUAUCCUUGAUUACGCUCCACAUGUAUUUAAGCCCUGUGUUUUGUUCAGUUUUUUGUCCGGUAUCGUCUGUUUAAGUGGUUGUGUUAGUUUAUUUCUCUGACGAUCUCCUGAUUGUUCCUUGUUUAUUUUAUUAAAGACUAUUUUGUUUAUCUACUCCUCCUUCGUGCGCUUCACUACAGCCACACCCUGACAGAAUACCGGACCUUGAAAAGAUUAGAUUGCGGCUUUUUUCUUGCUUUCUUUCUUUGCUCCCCCCUCACUAGCCAGUAAAGAGAACUAAGUCAACCAUCACCCCUGACCAGGUGCAUGAGCCGGCAACACUGUGUGGGACUGCUCAUGGAGUACGAGGGAAUAGAGGAAGACCCCGCCCACACUCCCACUGCAGCUGGCCUCUGCAAACUGUUUUUAUGAUAAAUUGGAAGAGGAUAUUUCCCUUAUUCUCCAGUCCCCGUUGGUUCCGCCCAGCUCCAAGUCUCCUGUGUCUCCGCUGGUUCCACCCAGCUCCAAGUCUCCUGUGUCUCUGCUGGCUCCGCCCAGCUUGAAGUUUUCUGUGCCCCGGCUGGUUCCGCCCGGCUCAGAGUCUCCUGUGUCUCCACAGUUCCCACCCAGCCUCUCUCUCCCACCUCCUCUUCCAAACUCAGCCAGUUGCUCAGCCCCGCCUCCGCUGGUUCCCUUCAGUCCCUCGGCUCCUCUUCUGAUGCCUCUCUAUUGUGUGGAUUUGGUCUCCAGCUCCACCCAUUCAAGAGGAUCCCCUGACUCCGCCUCCAGCCGUCGAUCCCGUCACUCCACCUUGGCCCGUCGACCUGUCAGCUCCACCUUGGUUCCUCCCUCCCUCGGCUCCACCUGGGACCACCGUCCUUACGGCUCCACCAGGCUCCCUCAUUCCUCCGGUUCCGCCUUUGUCAGACAUCACCCUGCCUGUGCCACAGACUUACGGGCCUUCAGCUACGCUUUGUCCCUACACCCCUUCAGCUCCAUCGGGCUCCGCCUUCACUCCGGCUCCUCGUUGGUCCUCAGUCCCACCGGCUCCACCUCAGUCCUCUAGCUCCACCUCGGAUGUUUGUCACUGUGGCUCUGCCUCGGCCUGCAGGACCAUCGCCUGGUCUCGCUGGCUCCACUUCCAUCGACCUCAUCUCCGUCAGUCACCCCCCUGGAGUCAUCAGCCAAGUCUCCACCAUGGUUCCUCCCUCCAUCGACUCCACCGUGGGCCAUCGUCCUGGCUGAGCUUUGGGUACUCGCCUGGCUCCUCCUGCUCCUGGCUCCUCCCUCCACUUCCCCAUGGACUGUUCUGCCUGCCCCUGUUUGGUUACGUCCCUCUCCAGCUCCAUGUCCUCCACCUGAGCCCCCUCCCUCCCUCCUCUGUUUGACUCCCCAUGUAUUGUGUUUUGUUCCGUUCUUUGUUCAAUCUAUGUGUUCGAUCUAAGUCCUGAGUGUUCCUUGUUUAUUUUAUUAAAGACUAUUUUGUUUCUCUACUCCUUCGUGUGUUUCACUACAGCCACACCCUGACACUGACAUAAACAAAUAAAAGGAACUACUUACUUAACCCGAGGUUCAUCCACCUAAAACAAUAGUGUCACCACUAAAAGGAUGAUUCAGACAAAUUUACAGCUUAAAUAAUCUUUAUGUAUGGAAGAAUUAAUGUAAGUGUUUUAGCAAAAAAAAAAAAAAUUCAAGCUGCACAUUUUGGCUUUUAAACCCUCUGGAAUUAAUUGCACCAUAGACUUUUAUUAUUUCAAACACGUUUUUACAAACUGAGGUGAAAUUAUUGUCUGUGGUAGUCGAUGAUACAGAUGCUGUCGAGAGAGCUUAACUUGUGUUGAACCCAGCACAUACCCUUAAAUAAAGCCUUUUAAACUGCCCACGGGGUGCUGCAUUUAGCAGAACCUGCUUGAUGUGGCCCUCAGAGGCUUUGAAAUGUUUUAAAACCUCUUCCCUUUAAUAAAUUAAGGCUUUAGUAUCAGCGAGGCUUUGGUUCUGCUUCUACUUGGGUUCUUGUCUAAUGUUUUGGAAUUGCCCUGUGUGGCUAACAAAGCAUUUUAUUCACAGUGAAAUGUUUUUGAAUUAACAGACUUCAAGUUUAAAAUGUCCGAAUGGAGGUGUUAAAGUCAACUGCAGAGCAUUAUCACUGAAAGUAAAGCUUCUCUUGUGGUUUUGCAGUAGUAUGCAUUGAUUAUAUCGUUAGAUGCUUACCCAGUGUGGUUAUUAUACACUGGGAAUCUCAUGAAUUUUGAUGUGUUUGAUGAAUGAUAUCUGCUGAGUUUUUCCUAAAUAUCAUUUAUAUUCAUUAUGACAGCCCCUAUACAUCACUGUGUGUGUUUGCUUAUGUGAGUGUUUGAAAAGGCUUGUUGAAAGUGUUUUGUUGCUGUGUUUGUCACUGCAUGUCUUUGCAGUAAUUGAUGUGUUUAUUUGAGGUUCACUUAAGCAGAUGAUUAAAAAGCUUGUAUUCUAUUUUUAGGUGGUGUGCACAUAAAUAUUCAGCAGAGCAAGUGCAUACAUGUCUGCGUGUUUCACAGGAAACAUGAUAUUUUCAAUGAAUUAAGCUUACAGUACAUUUCUGUUGACAUAUUGGCAGGAUCAUCACUAACCUUAAAAGGUCAAAAGCACAAUUAGACAGUGAUCUUUAGGUAUUUGGAAAAAGAUGAAAUGGAACAGGUAGUUCUUCAGCAAAUGUUACAGAAGCCUUAUUGAGGGAUUAAUAUGUAGCCAAUACUGAACUGACCUAAUCAUAGGUGUUCAAAAUGAAGAAAUAAUAAUAAAUUCUGUUUUAUAUUUUAUAUAUUACAAACUUAAGCCACAGUAAAAAUGUUAUGUCAUAGCAUUAGAUAACAAAAUAUAAAAAAAUAAUAAUACAGUAUGUAUCUAAUAAAAAAAAAAAAAAAAUUAUUUUAUAGCCUGUAUUUAUAUGAACUCAGAUACGGUUUGAAAUUAAACAUUUUGUCAACUAGGCCUAAUGCAAAGACAUCUAUACAUUAUACAUACAUUUAUAAGUAGACCUAUGUCUUAAGUGUCUACAUUUGUUUUAGAGCCACUAUAUAUUCAAGUAUUGCUCUAAAUAAAUAAUUAAAAAAUUAACUUUCCAAAUAUUGCUAUUUGUCCUACUUUGGAUUUAAUUUAACAAGAGAUUUGCUUCUUCAAGUCUCUUAAUUUUUCUCUAAUAAACUAAGGCAAAGCAAGUGUUCAAUUCUGAUUUAUUCCUCAGAUCCGAUGUUUUUGUUUGGAUGUUCACAUCAUUUUUUAAAUGUGGCCAAUAUCAAAUUAGAGUGUGAACAGGUCACGAUCCUGAACUGACUCGCAUGCACAAAAGAACUAUAACAAAGACGGCACAUAUAUGGAAGUAAACAAGGAGUUUACUGAAGUCAACAUUUACGCAUUCAUUUAGGCUAUCAGGUGAUGUGCUGCAGAAGCCAGUGAAUUUGUGUGCAGGCGAUAAGGAGGAUGCAGACGAGGAGAAAGAGAGCACAGUUCUUCUCAUACUGUUUUUUUUCCCCCACGUUUUGUGCUUGUAUAGAGCUGUCACUGUCAUAUUUAUGAGUAUAAAAGCACUGACUAACUUCGCUGCCAUCUUCCAUAUUCAAAGAACUACCGGUAAAAUCUUUGGAGUGACUCCCAUCAGGGCAGAAUUGUGACAAAUGUUGAUCUAUAGAGUGACGUAAAAGUCGCGUGAAUCCCGAUUCGACUGUUCAGACUGAGGCCGCAAUGCAAAACAUCAGACCUGUAUCUGAUUUAAAUUAUGAUCACAUAUGGAAGUGGCCUAAAUCAUCAGAUUCCAUGUGGUUUCAGCUGUUCACACUGUAAUGAAAAAAAAAAAAAAACAGACUCAAGUCGCAUAUGAGCAAAAUAUUUGGGCCACUUUAACCUGCAGUCUGAAUGUAGGCCUAGCCUAAUAUAUGAUUGUCCACACCAUAGUAGGUCUAAUUUGGAUUCAGCCUCUUUCUGUUUUCAUUGCUAUUUUUGUUGUUCUUUUCUGUACUCAUGACGUUUUCAUCUGUCUUU